GCACAGCCGCCGGCGGGGCCGGCUAUUAAUAACGCUCCGGGCGAGCCCGGGGUCGCGCAGCCAUGGCCAGCCCGGAGCCCCUGCGCGGCGGGGACGGCGCCUUGGCCGCGAGGGAACCCCACACUGAGGCCAGCUCUCCUCUUCAGGACUCCAAAUCCCCAAAGGAGGCCAAGGCCUUGAACCCAGGGGCUACUCUGUCUCUGGAGGGCACUGUGGACCUGGAGGACAUUCUCUAUCUGGGAGACUCAGGGGACUUGGAAGAGGGUCUUUACGAGGAAGAGUCUGAGAGGCCAGAGGAGACACUGUUUAUCGAAGAAGAAUCGAGGCAGCCAGAGGACCUGGAAGAGCCCGUCAGCCCAGGGCAGACCCUGUCUGUGGGGGAGCUUGCGAGGCCGGAGGAGGAAGUCCAGCUUUCGGGGGAGCCUGUGGAGCCAGCUGGGAGCCCAGGCCCAGAGCAGACUGCUGGUGAGGGAGAGGCGGUGGCCAGGGGCCUGGAGGACAGCCUUCCAGCCCCACCGGCUGCCGGUGCGGAGGAGAACCUCAGCCUGGAGGACCUGGAGCUGCUGGAAAGCUGCUUCCAGCAGUGCGUGCAAGCCGUGUCCCAGCUGGAGGACGAGAGGGACCAGCUCAUCCACGAGCUCGUGCUGCUCAGGGAGCCGGCCCUGCGCGAGGUGCAGCGGGUCCACCAGGACAUCCUGGCUGCCUACAAGCUGCACGCCCAGGCCGAGCUGGAGAGGGACGGGCUCCGGGAGGAGAUCCGGGUGGUGAAGCAGAGACUGUUCAAGGUGACCAAGGAGUGCGUGGCCUACCAGUACCAGCUGGAGUGCCGCCAGCAGGACGUGGCUCAGUUCGCCGACUGCAGGGAAGCGCUCGCGGCUCGGGCAGCCCAGCUCUCGGGAGAACUGACCCAGCUCCAAGACGCCUACCACAAGCAGAAGGAGCAGUUGCAGCAACAGUUGGAAGCGCCCCCGGCCCAGAGCGACGGGCACUUUCUCCAGGAGAGCCGGCGGCUGUCGACACAGUUCGAAAAUCUCAUGGCCGAAAGCCGCCAGGGCCUGGAAGACGAGUACGAGCCCCAGCUACUGCGGCUCCUGGAGAGGAAAGAGGCGGGGACCAAGGCUCUGCAGGACACCCAGGCUGAGAUCCAGGAGAUGAAGGAGGCUCUGAGGCCCCUGCAAGCGGAGGCCCGGCAGCUCCACCUUCAGAACAGGAACCUGGAGGACCAGAUCACGCUCGCGAGGCAAAAGCGCGAUGAGGAGGUUCAACAGUACAGGGAGCAGCUGGAGGAGAUGGAGGAGAGACAGAGGCAGUUACGAAGUGGGGUGCAAGUCCAGCAACAGAAGAACAAGGAGCUGGAGCGGCUGAGGACAAACCUUGCUCAAGAGCUUUCCACAUACAAGGACUGUUUAGAAAUACAUGGCCAGAUCUGUAAUCCAGAAACAACAAAACAUUUCUCAAAGAAUCACUAGUGAUGGACUUUUCCCCCCUGAUAGGAGAACCAGCACCUGGCAAGCAACUCUGUGAAAGAAAAGAAAAGAAAAGAAAGAAAAAAAAAAAAAUCACAAACACUGGCUAGCUUGCUUUAAAAGAUUUUAGGCUUAGCUGGAAGCAGAAUCGCAGUCAACUUUCAUCUGCAUUCUUUUUGCAGGCGCCAGCACUGAUCUCAGUGCACUGUGGAAUGGAAAGCGAGCAGAACCCUGAGUAAUGGAUUUAUCACUUAGCUGUAUUGUGAAAAAAGUUAUUUAUUGCUUUGUGCCGACCCAAACCAAGAACAUUUAAGAGACAAUGUUGGGGUCAAAAGAUACCCAAUUUUUGCUAUAUGGAUCCACAACUUAAAUUUUUUUGAGACAAGGUCUAUGUAGCCUUGGCUGUCCUGGACUCUGUUGACCAGGCUGGCUUCAAACUCAGUGAUCCUCCUGCCUCUGCCUCCCAAGUGCUGGGAUUAAAGGCAUGUACCACCACUGACUUGCUCACAACUUAAAUUCUUUUGUGCCACAGGUAUUAGAUUUUUAAAUGACUCUGAUCACAAAGCCAUUUUCCCCUUCAAGUCCCUCAUAUAAUUUACUCUUAAAAUAGCUUUUGUUUUUAAACAGAAGACACCUGGAUGACCUAGAACUCAUUUUUUUAGACAGUGCUGACCCUGAACUCAGAGAUCCCUGCCUCUACCUCUGGAGAGCUGGAAUAGACAUGGCAGGCUUCUUUUUCUUGAGACAAAGUCUCAAGUAAUCUAGGCUGGUUUCUAACUUGUUACGUAGGUCAGGAUGACCUUUCUGAUUGUGCCUCUACCUCCCAACUGCUGGGACUACAUGUGUAUGCCACAAAGUGUGACCCAAGACACUCCCUCCCACCCCCCAAAUCCAAGGUGUCACCAUGCAUCGCUCCAGCUGUCCUGGAACUCAUGGGAGGGCCUCAAAUUCACCGAAAUCUACCUGCCUCUGCCUUCCAAGAGCUAGUACACCACCACACCCUGCUUGCUAACUUUUACUACACACUAAAGCAGCCACACCCAACACUUCACUAGUGAGACUUUCCCAAGCAUCAUAGAUGGUUUUGAAGGUCAGAGUCAACUAGUCAACCCUAGCAAAAACAGUCAUUUUAUCUGGUUAUCAUGGUGAUAAACUCUCUGAAUUUCUACCCUUUAAAAAGUAGGGGUUCUUGUGAAAAACUCUGGACAGAUACAAGCUCUCUGUAAAACAUUUCAAGUCUCUUUCAAACUUAAACACUGCCUUAAGGUCUCUAACACACUGCCUUUGACUUUAUUGGAAACCUGUGUAGCUCUCUAGGGAAGACUUAAAAAUGUGUCAUUUUACCAGGACUAGUUUGUGUACUCUGUUCAGUAAUGUCUUCAUGUUCCCUGGCUGGAGUAAAGCUUUUUUUUCCCUUUUUCUUUUUAAAAAAUGGUUCUGGAUCUGUUGCUUAUUCUCAUCCCUAUAGUUAAAAUCAUGGAAAAGAAGAAACUGGGCUUGGUGGUGCAUGGCUAUAAUCCCAACGCAGGCGGAUCUCUGUGAGUUUGAGGCCCACCUGGUCUUCAAAGCAAGUCCAGGACAGCCAAAGCUACAGAGAAACCAUGUCUUAAAAAACCAAAACCAUGAAAAAGAACUGUCAUUCAA